AUGCUCUUGAGUUACCAAGGUGUCAUAAAGUUAUGUGACUUUGGAAUAAGUGGAAUUCUUAAGGAUUCUAUUGCCCGUUCACGGCAGCCGGGAUGCACUGGUUAUAUGGCUCCAGAACGUCUUAACAACUCAACAUAUGAUGUUCGUGCAGACAUUUGGUCACUUGGAAUAUCAUUGUUGGAAUUGGCAACCGGAUCUUUUCCAUACACUGGGACUCAUAUUGAGUUUGCUAUUAUGACUAAAAUUAUAUCAGAUCCACCUCCAACGUUACCUCACCACAUACCUUUUACCCCUGCAUUCCGUCAAUUCGUCGAGUUAUGCUUAACAAAGGACCACACUCAGCGUCCAAAAUAUCGCUCAUUAAUGAGUACUGGAUUUUUUGUUCGGCACAACAAGGAACCUCAUGAUGUACUAGAGUGGCUUAAGGGAUUACCAUUACCACACUUACAGUGUUUAGAUGAAACGAAGACCAAUAAUUGGGAUUGCAAAACUCCUACAAGCAUCACAUCCUCUAUGGAUUAUUCGACUGGCACAGUUGAAUCUCCCGAAUCAGUGACCACUCUUAGUCCAGAUAUUUCCGGGGGUGUGAGUAAUAUCUCUCUUGAUGACUCUUCUGAUUCAAAAAAAGCAUCAUGGGAAAAUGUAAGUAAUCAAACUGAGGUAGACGUUACACUAGUUGCAGCACCUAAAGUAAAUUCUGAUUCUAACGAGCAAACACAGUUUACUAUUCAUAAAUCUUCAGUAACUUCUGACCAUUUUGUUAAUGAAAAUAUUUCCCCUCAACUCUCAUCAUUUACAAUUAGUGAACAGUUUUCUGUUGGUCAAAAUCCUCAUUUUUUUAAGACCCGAAAUACAAUAGUUGAUCAGAGUUCAGAAAAUUUUACUUACCUACUAGAGGGAAAGUCCAAUAAGUUCCUCUCCCAGGGCUCUUCAGGUUACGGAUCUGCAGGUUCUGAUAGUUCUCCUGGAUCUCUUGGGAGUGAUAGUCGUCCACCAAGUUCCACCCAAGUUCUUGAUAUGCUAUUGUCCAACAGAAGUAUUAAUGGGAUCCCUCCUUUACCAGCAAUUCAGCGUGCCAAACCUUCGUACACUCUCAGAGUCAAUCAACACAAUAAAUGUUUGAACAAUAUUUCGGAAAACAAUGUUAGUCGAUCUAAUUUGUCAAUCCGUCCCACCGUGUCAGAUUCAUUUUCUAAUCCUAGUUGUCAAGUCUCCUCUGUGCAUUCAAUAAGUGGUUCUGAUCAGUGGAGUACGUUAUCCUUAUCAUCUAGAACAACUCAUAUACCUACAUCUCAACCUGUUACGGAAAAUUCUGUUCAUAAUCAACUAACGUCACUCAUUGAAAAAUUUGAACCCAACUCGAAUAAAGGAGUUGAUUUAUGUGCCAGCACGAAACAUGAAAAGCAUACCCCUUUAAAUAAUGAUUCCGAACAAAAAGGUAAAAGUUUUUGCUCUUCAAAGAUGGAAUUCAUCUGUGGUCGUCCCAAUAUAAACAAACGGAAAGUAGUUGGCCAAUCACGUUCCUCUUCUGUUGGUGCUCAGUUGCAACGCUCUCCCGCUCAAAGAUGGUCAGUCAAACCGCCACAAAUUAUAAGAAAUCUUCAAGUCGAUCAAAAUUCUUCAAUAUGUGUACACGAUAAUACCACUCGUAUGCGCUCGCCAGGAAAAAAUACGUCUCCACAACAAUAUCAUCAUCAUUAUUUCUAUUAUUAUUAUGACAAUCAACUCGAUGCAAAUAAUCUAAAUAAACCAUCUAAUACAUCAUGGGUAGCCAAAGAAAAUACAAGUACUCUUGGUAGAAAUUCGCCAUCUUAUCUUACUAAUUCAACUUCCAAUUCAUUGGUUAGUAACUCUCUACCCACAAGCAACAUAUCACCUAUUCUUUCAGGAAGAAUGUGUCAACGGUUAAAUACUCAUCCAAUUCCAAGACAAAGCAGUUUGCAAUUUCCAUCUAACGAUUUUAGAUCAUCCAAAAUGGAGUCAAAUUCACUUUUUUUCUCUGGAAUGCUAGGAUCACGUCUACCUAUGGCUUCACAAUCCACUUAUCAGAUUAUAUCCAACGAGGCCCAUGGGCGAUACCUUAACCGAAAUACUUUCCAACAUCCACUUGUAUUCAGUAAUUCAACGUUAAAAGACGCUGGUACAUUGAUAAAGAAAGGUGAACAUCCUAAACAUACACACAGAUCAAUGUCACAACCUCCUAAAUUACGAGAUUGGCUAUCUUUUGAAACAGAAUUGUGA